CUCCCUAUAUAAGAGAAGUGUCUGGAACGGAAAAGUCAGAGCUUGCAGUCCCUGCAGAGGAACGAUCUCCAGGAUGAGGCUUAUGCUAAGUGCUGUGCUUUGUGGCUGCCUUGUGGCAACCGUAACCGCCGGUUCUCUCGGCGGAUUUGGCGGUGGCGGCUACGGUGGCGGUGGCUACGGUGGCGGUGGCUACGGUGGUGGCGGCUACGGCGGUGGCGGCUACGGCGGUGGUGGUGGCUACGGCGGUGGCGGCUAUGGCGGCGGAGGCUACGGAGGUGGAGGCUUCGGAGGCGGCGGCGGCGGAGGGAUCGGCAAGAUCAUCAUAAUCAAGACAACUGGAGGCGGAGGAGGAGGCUACGGCGGUGGUGGAUACGGAGGUGGAGGCUACGGGGGCGGAGGCUUCGGCGGAGGCGGCUUCGGCGGAGGCGGAAAGUACGGCGGUGGUGGAUUUGGAGGAUUUGGCGGUGGUGGCUACGGCGGAGGUGGCUACGGCGGUGGCGGGUGGUGGUGAUCCUCAUCCCUGCGCAUCAAUUUGAAGCCACCCUGAAGAGGCCCGCGCCGAUCCCAAGGAAGUUCAUAUUGUGCCUCGCGUACUUGUGUCAGCCAUCUGCAGGAACUUUCGCGAAGUGUCACCGAUUGCACCGGAAAACACCCAUGAAACGCCACUCGGGUCCAACCAGCAGAAGAGCUCGCUUGCAUGUGCCACCGCUGCGAGCCUCUUACUUUGUGAAUAAAGAGACGUUCCAUACCCACUGAAA